UCGCGUCCGCGUCAUCCAAUGGCAGAGGCGCCUGUGCCAGGCAUCCAUUCGCUAUCGUAGAAUUUAACUGACACACUGGCUCUUCCUUUGCAGAAUCGGGCACCAGAGACCUUGAGUUUAAAAUCUAAAAUACUUUCGCUCGAUUUUAAGCGGCUAUUCACUAAUGUUAUUGCAUCAAUAAUUCAUUUUUAGUAUUAACCAAUUUUUACCACGGGGAGCAACUGCUAUGGAUGCUCGUUCGGUUUCUGAGGAAAACGCUCAUGUUAUAAUAAUGGAUUCAACAACAGCUGAGCGACCUGCACAGGAAGGCUCUCAAAGUUUCCGCGAGAUCCCGGAGGUGUCCCUGUGUCCCCCGGACAGCCCCGAAACGGAGGGGGAUGACCCCAGCGUCCAUGGCCUCGGAAGCAACCCCUCCCCCUCCCAGCUCUAUCAGCAGGUGCCCCAAGCCUGCCCCCCCCAAUCUCCACACCUGAAGCCGUGCCGCUGCUGCGGGCACCACCAGCCAAUCACAGGCAGCCCCUGCCCCGACCCCGAGCCCACGACAGCCGCAUCCCACCCAGACUGCUCCUUGAGCACAGUGAAAACCGGCCACAGCUGUAGCCCCUCCCACACGUCCUCCUGCCCUAACACCGUGCACUGUCAUUGGCUGCAGGGAUCACAUGACAGUGGAGUUCACCAACCAAUGCAGCACCAUGUGGUAACAGUGAGGCAUGAGGGACUCUACAGGAUUCCUAGGAGCUACUCGCAGCUGAUCGUGGAGUUUCCGCUGGCUGUGCUGGCGGCCCUUGCACUGCUUCUGCUGGGAUGCUCCUUAGCUGGGAUUCUGAUUGGCCCCUUGCCAGACUUCUCAGACCCUCUACUGGGGUUUGAGCCGCGAGGGACAAGCAUCGCCAGCCGACUGUCCGCCUGGGCCAAACUGCAAGCAAACACGGGGCUCGGAAAAGCACUCUCUCUGUCGCCUCAGCAACUGACAGACAGGGCAGCCAGCAGUUAUGGGGAAGCAGCAGGCAGCAGCGUUGGUCAGGAGACCCCAAAACUGCGCCAGCGGAGAAUGCUAGACAGGGACCUGGUUCAGGACACAGCUUUCUGCAGCUCUCCAGGACAGCGCUACGCUCAACUGGUCUUCCGCUCGGGAAACUCCGCCAGUCUGUGGAGCCUGAAGGCCAUCCACUCCAUGUGUGAAAUGGAACAGGCUAGGAUCCGCUCUCAUGCACACUUCCAGGACCUCUGCAAACAAGUCCAGCAUCCUGCAGGUGGGCCGGCAGCAAGGCGCGAGUGCUGUCCCAGCUGGUCUCUGGGGAACUAUCUGGCUGUUCUGAGUAACGCCACUUCUUGCCUGGGUCUGACGGGCCCCCAGGUGUCCGACAGCUUGACCCUGCUCCGCCAGUGCGCUCCCUACUACCACGAUGGAAGCCUGGGUCCAUCCUGCACUGAGAGGGGCAAGCUCUGCGCAUCUGUGCCAGCACAGUGCAAACACUCCAGCACCAUCUACCAAAUACUGCACUACCUGGUUGAUAAGGACUUCCUGGGACCUCAGACUAUAGGCUAUCAGGUCCCAUCACUCAAAUACAGCCUCCUGUUUUUACCUGUAGAGAAGGGCGAUCCCAUGAUGAAAAUAUACUUGGACAACCUAGAGGGCCGUGAUCUCACAUACAGGAAUACCACUAUCACAGGUAUGGACUUAGGCAUCAAAAGAACACUUUUCAAAUAUUAUCUGGCUCGGGACUCCGUCUACCCCGUCCUGGCAGUGGUGAUUCUUUUCCUAACCGUUGCCCUUUACCUUCGUUCCUUUUUCCUGUCAGCUGUAUCUUUGGCGGCUACCAUGGGCGCCCUACUGACCUCCUAUUUCUUCUACAAAGUUGCUUUUCGGCUCACAUUCUUCCCUUUUCUAAACUUUGCUGCAGUUCUGAUCUUACUGGGUGGAUGUUCCAACCAGGCUUUUGCAUUCAUAGACCUAUGGGGCCUCCAGCUAUCCCAGAAACCCCCUGCCUCACUGGAAAAGAGAGUCAACCGAGUUCUUCAAGAAGUGGGGUACCUGAUAUUAGCAUCAGGUCUGACAUCUAGUGCCACAUUCUACUCAGGAUACAUGAGCAGUAUCACGGCCAUCAGGUGCUUCGCAGUGUACCUCGGUACUGCCUCCCUCAUCAGCACCCUCCUGGCUCUGGUUUGGCUGCCCUGCUCUCUGAUUCUUCGUGAGCGCUACACCAUGUCAGCUGCUGCCGCUCCUGCAGGGAAGCCCUGCUGUGCUCUGAGUCCCGGAGGAUUCUGGGAAACCAGCUCACGAAAGAGAUGCCUGUUUAACAUUGCAAGGAAACUGAAAGGGUUGAAACGCGGGCUGUCCGACACCUCGGAUUUGCUCUUUAUAAAAAUCCUGCCGUGUGGAGUAGUGAAAUUCCGCUACAUCUGGAUCUGCUGGUUUGCAGUUCUAGCAGCAGGAGGGACGUACAUCACUUGUGUGGACCCGGGCAUGAAGCUACCAGCCUCAGACAGCAAGGCAACACAGCUGUUCCGCUCCAGCCACCCUUUUGAAAGAUAUGAUGCAGAAUAUCGCCACCAGUUCAUGUUUGAGCGUCAGAAAAGCGGGGAGGACAAACCCAUGACAAUUACUCUUGUUUGGGGUGUUCUACCAACAGACAACGGUGAUCACCUGGACCCCAACAGCAAUGGCUCUUUAGUGCUGGAUCCACAGUUUAACAUGAGCAGGCCUGAGGCCCAGGUGUGGCUGAGAGAGCUGUGUGGGAGGAUCCAAAACCUAAGCUUCUACUCACCAGCAUCAUCAGCAGAGGGAGAGAUGCAGGGUGACAACGUCUGUUUUGUUGAAGAGCUCAUUCACUGGGUAUCUAUCAGACGCUGCUCUGAAAGCGAAGAUGCUUCUACCUUCUGCUGCAAUGCUAUUCCUUUCCCUUAUCUCCCAGAUAUCUUUGAACGAUGUCUAGGCAUGAUGGCAGCAGAGAGAAAUGUAGGAGGGAAAAUGCCCAACACCGCUGGGCCUCGUUUUGACUCAGACGGCCAAGCUGUAGCACUAGUUAUAGAGUUUAAAACCACCCACCAAUACAGUUUCAAUUACAGCCAAGCCACAGAUUUCUACAAGGUGAUCGAGACGUGGUUUACUGAGGAAAUCUCCACUGCUCCGCUGGGACUUCACAAAGGAUGGUUUGUGAGUCAGCUGGCACUUUAUGACCUGCAACAAUGUUUAAGCUCAGAGACCUUAGUGGUCACAGGGUUCUCUGUAGCCUUGACCUUUGCUCUGCUUCUCUUGACCACCUGGAACAUUCCCCUGAGUAUCUAUGGCACUGCUGCAGUUGGAGGGAGUGUUUUUGUCACAGUUGGUCUCCUGGUCUUACUGGAGUGGCAGCUAACAGGCCUGGAGGCUCUCUUCAUUUCUGCUGCUGCUGGUCUGUCCGUUGAUUUUGCUGCCAACUACUGCAUAUCAUACAGCCUGGCCCCGCACUCAGACCGGCUGGGGCGGGUGGCACACUCCCUGAAGAGAAUGGGCUGCCCUGUGGCUACAGGAGCCGGAGCCUAUUUCUGCGUGGGUGUUAUCAUGCUCCCAGCCACCGCACUGCUGUUCCGCAAACUCGGCAUCUUUCUGCUGCUGGUGAAGUGUGUUGCCUGUGGAUUUGCCACUUUCUUUUUCCAGUCACUCUGCUGUUUCUUUGGGCCACAGAAGAACUGCGGACAGAUACUCUGGCCCUGUGCAGCAGCUGGCGGACAGUACACAGGGAAAGGGACUGAAAACAUGCUGUCUCCCUGCUCGGCCGCAGAGAGAUCCUCUAAUUCAGCAGCCAACGGGGCUUUUGGUUGUGGAGGGAGGUCCCGCAUUCGGAGGAGUUUUGGGAAAGGAAGCAGCACAGGUCACCUCUGCCCAGGCCAGCAACGCCACAAACAGAGACCAGCAGGAGGUGGGAGGGAGCCUGAACAGUACGAACUGCAGCCAUUAGCCUGUCAGCUGAGUGACAGCUUUGAGAACAGCACAUGCACAAGCAAGCUGUCCAACAGGCCCUCCGUGCUGUCCGACGACAUCCAGGUCCGUGGCCUAAGCCCCAGGAGAGACUUGGAAAGAAUCAGCAUCAAAGACAGCAGCGAAGAUCUGUCCUGCAGACACCUCAAUAGCUGCAACCCUCCCCCUGCCCUGCAGACCUCCUCUCCAUACAAGGAGAGCAGCGUGCGGCCAACAGGAGGUGCCUGCUCUGACCCCACCCGGGAGCGGCUCUUGUGUAGGAGGUGCCGCAGCCAGUCCGGCGGCAUCAAGCACUGGAACCUGCCCCUGUCCUCCUCCUCCAGCAUGGAGGACAUCAUCGUCAGCAGCCAGCCGCUGGACUCCGGCCACCAGCGUUCGCUCUCCAUGGAGGGGGCCACCAGUAGUCCGUUCGAGCACCACCCACACCGACGCCUCCUGUCCUCACAGUCCCAGAGCUCCUUUGAGGGGCUGGAGGACUCCAAUGAGACCUGCCUGAGUGACAUCGAACCCGGACCCUCCAUCCUGCGGGCUUCUGACGAGGCCGAGGACGAGCUGCAACCAGGCCACCUGAACGGAAAGAGGGACACCCUACGCCUGUCCCUGCGAGAGACAGUGUACGAGGCGUCCUCUAUAGGGGGUGGGAGGGGGAGGAUCAGCCAGGGAGAGCUGCCGGUGAUCCUGCCCAACAGUAAACCUGACCUUCCUGAUGUGUGGAUCAAGAGGGAGGGUCGGAGCGGGGACAUCAGCUGAUAAGGAUUUACAUGAAUCUGCUCCACGAAAGAGGCAUUCCACACUCCACAGCUGGUGCAGUUCCACACUGCAGCCAGGACAGGUGGAUCCCAGCACCAACAGGCAAAAGUUCAAUUAAAAUCAACAGCCAGAAAUGAUUAUACAUUAGAGAAGGUUUGCCUUUCCCUAAUCCUUGCGCUUUCAUAAUCCUUUUUAAUAUCAAGGUACAAUGGUGUUUAGCAGUUAGCAUUCUUUGAUGUCACUUUGAAAUUAUGACUAAACUUGUCAAGCAACUGUAAUAGUUGACUUUCAUACAGGAAAUACUGUUGGUUUUGAUAACACGUACUGAAUAUACUGGUUGCUGCAGUAUAUGUAAAAUACAGAUUUGUCUCUGAUGCACUCCAAGCUGAAAUAUCUGAGAAACACUGAUACUACAACUACAACUUGGAACUUUGGUGUUUUAACUAGUAAAGUGGAUCUGUACAAUUUUCAACAUCCACGUGGAUGGAAUCAAGGAAAGAAGUCGUUAAGGAUUUUGUUUGAAGACAAGAAUAAGACAGAAGACAGAAUAAACUGACACAGUUAUGAAUGAGGGCACUUUGAGUGUGAAAAAUAAGCAAAAGGUUCCUCAGUGGCAGAAGUGUGUGAAUGUCAGUGCCUAACACAGUGUUCUGCUUGCUAUUGCUGAUGCCUACACUGCUACAACAGGCCCCCACUGACCAUCACAAGAGUGGAGCUGUUCACUCGGGAACUGACAAGUGUUAUACAUAAAUGAUACCAUGAGUGUUGUGAGUAAUUAACUGUCAGAUAAUCAUUGAUGUAUUCAUAUUCAAUAAUUCCACUGACAUGAGGGUUGCCUUAAAAGUACUAUCUCCCAUUAUAAAAGAUUUCUGCAGGAAGAUGUGUGGACAAUUAAUAAGAGUGUAACAUUAUUUGCCAAUUCUAUGAGUGUGAGUAUCACUUUAUUUAAAUACAAUCUGGUUAAGAAAAAAACAGCAUGACCUUUAAGGCAACCUUUUGAUGUACUGCAUAAUAACAGCUAACACCAGUGCUAAGACCCUCUACAGGACAUGGAAGGUUUACAGAGGUAAAUAAAAAGCUGUUCCAGGUUGGAGACUAUGGGUGCUUUCACACUAGAGCUUUUGGUGCGGACCCGAGUCCGCUUGAGCUGUUAGUUCGGUUCGUUUUGUUGAUGUGAAAGCUGUUUCUGAACUCAGGUGUGCACCGAGGGACUGUACCCGAGUCCUCCAGAAAACGAGUGUCUGGGAUACGGUUCACUUGAACUCCAGUGCAGUUUGCAUUUGGUGUGAAAGCUAUCUGAUCUAAAACCAGGAAGUAAACGCUAUUUUGCCUCCCUUUUGCGUCGUCGCCUAGCAACAUUGGUAAAUAAAAGCUGCACGUUCCGUACAUGUGGAUGACGUAAACGGACCAGGAUUCACAACCAAAAAAUGUAAUGUGAAAGGAGACCAGUGGGGGCAGGGGGAGGGGGGGAUAAUUGCACUCGAGUUCGGACCAGCAAGACGGACGUGUGGAAACAGCCUAAAUGUGUUUUAAAAGUAACAGUGAGCAAACAGUUGUUUGAUGUCUGUAAACUGUUAAUUUUCUUACUUUCCUCAGACAUGACCAACCUGCUAAGGAUCUACAGAAACAUAUUUGGCCACAAGGUGCCUGGGACAUUCCACUCAUAUUGCCAUAAAAUUGAUGCUGUGUCUUUGAUUUGAAAUAAACAUAUCUCUCAAGGCAUUUCCUUUCUAAAUUUGAAUACCACAAGGUGCCCAAACACAAACUAUAUAUCAGUUCUGACACUACAUGAAAUUGCACAUGGUCUCUGCUGAAGCUUUGGCACUGGAGCUAGAAAUGUUUAUGCAAACAGUGCUGGAGGCUGAAAAGGUCUGUUAGCAGGGGGGGAAAACAGCCUUUUUCCCCUCCCCCUGGCUGCCUGUGGCUUGCCAGCUGCUGGAAAUCUCCCCAUCAUUGCAAUACAGAUUUGUGGUGAGCAAGUGAAAAGUUCCCAAAUCCACUUUACUGUGUGUAAAACACUCUUCAGUAAUAAUGUGUACAGCUAAAGCAAUAGAACAUUUGCCAACCAUAUUGUAGAUCACAGAGUUUGCGGAAUAUCCAAGAUUGAAAUCAACUUGUCUCUGUGUUGUAAUUAUAUGUAUAUCUGUGUACAAAUGUCACUUUAUAUGCAUGUGCCAAAUCAUUGUAACAUUUAAAAUCUUUUUAGAAUGAAUACAUACGACAUAUCCUAAAGUUCUUCUGUACAGCACUGUGGCUAGGCCAGUCUAUAUGUGUUCAACAAAAGCUUGCAAUAGGGUCCUGUCAAAUAAUUUUGGAUAAUGGCUGAGUGAUUGUAUAUACCAUGUUGUACUGUAUUUGAACUCCAAAUUGUUCAUUUAUAAAGACUGAAAUUUUACAACAAUCAAACUGAUACACACAUUCGUGAAUAUGAAAUUUCAUUAUUGCCCCAAGCUUACUUUGUCAAAUUAAACUACCUCAGUUUCCUACAAUGACCCAUCACUCCCAUACAUGAUAAACACAUCCUGUCUAUUCCUUUCAAGAUCUUUCAUGAAAAUACAGCCAUUUACAGCUUUCCUACAAAUGGCAUCCAUAUCCAAUAGGUAUUGGAGUUCAAGUUCAAUACAGGUGAUGCACAAGAAUACACAAUGGAAUUACAACCCAGUAAAACUAGAGUUUAACAGCACACAGACCUGUGUGUCUGCACUGCUGCACUGAGAUCCCAGGACACAGCGCCGCAGUAUCCUACAGUGAACUACAUGGCUGGAACUCUCAGUUUUACUGCAAAAGCUUCCUGUAAGAGCUUUACACAGCAGCAAAUAUGACACGAUCCCAUCAAAUCAAAACUGGCUGAAAAGAUGUACCAAAAUGCUCUGUUGUAUCUAUCAAACACAAUGUCACACAAAGUCAAUGUGGUCGUAAGUGCGUACAAAGGCCCCCAUUGCAGCUUCUGACAUGCUUGCAUUAGUCAGAUUUGAACUCCAAAAUGUUACUUUCACAUUGUUUAAUUUCACAGCAGAGUGGAAUUGGUUUGGUUUGGCCUGAGACUUGGAUGGCACGUGCCUGAACUCAGACUCUGAGAGAAAAUCACUGCCUUAGAAAACUAGUGAAAAUACAAGAACUGACAUCAAGUCUCAGUGCUGUGAAAACUCAGACCCUCCAGUUUACAGGGACUUUCUGCAGCUUGCCACUGUUGCAAGUGACACAAGUUCAUGCUUCUGUUAUACGUUUAAAGAGGGAACGAGGGACAUACUGGGAACCAGAUGCUUCUAUAGAAGAUUUUUUUCAACAAAUUCUCUUUCUGAGUUUGUUUUGAUAUGAUAAUGCUCUGACUGAGAUGUCAAAAUAAAAUGUAUU